AUGGAUUUGGAGAAUACUAAAGAUUUGGAGAAUACUAAACAACCUCGUAAGCGACUUAUAAUCAAGUUUUCUUCUCAAAAGAAUCAUUCUCAAGGAGAUAUUAAGAUGGAACAUUCUACAUCCAAGCCAAUUGUUACAUGUUUCUGGCUUGACGCUAAAGAUUCAACAGCUAUUAUGUCUCAACAAAACAACAACACAACAACCGAUUCUGUCAAAGAUUCAAAACCCAUGUUGUCUAAAGAAGUUGGUGUGCAAGAAAUGAAGGAUUCUUGUUCCAAGAAGAUUAUCAAUGAAACAAGAAACCCAAGAACCGAAAAUUGUUGCUUGAAGUUUGAUGGCGGUGAGAUCAUGACUGAAAAGAGAAAGAAGCCGAUGCAACAUUACAAGAAGAUGCAAUGUUGGGUGAUUUUGAAGAGGAUUUUGAUUGGAAGAGAUAGCUGGCCUCUAAAAGAUCCUAUUGAUCUCAAGUUCUUGAAGGCUUUUCAUGACAAGGAUAAUUUAGAGAGCAAGUCUAAGUUGAAGACUAUGGGUUUGAAAGAUAUUGAAUCCAAAUUGCAACUCUAUUCAACACCCGAUGAAUUUGCUACUGACAUCAGAUUUGUAUUCUCUCAAAGAAUGUUAUUAUAUCCUCCUAGAAAUGAGGUUCAUAAAAUUGCGUUAAAGUUUAGUGAAUAUUUUGAAAACAAAUGGAAGUCUCUCAAAAAAGAUUGGGACCUUGAGGAAAGAAAAAUAAACAAGAGAAAAAGGGAUGAACAUUAUGAUAGCAUAGACAACAGGUUCAUUAGUGCCAUCAGGGCAAUCACAGAAAUUAUCGUUAAGACGGUCAAUGGAGAAGGCUUUUGA